AUGAAGCAGUUGCCAGAAAAUGAAUUGAAGAAGCUUCAUGAUUCUCCUAUUGCAUGUUGGAGAGGAUUAAAAAAUGAAGUACAACGAUUGACUGACAAGACUGGCCUUGAAGAAAGAGGAAAAAAUGGAUGGAGUCCACCAUUAGCUGCUUCUUAUGGUGGCCACAUUGAUGUUCUCUGUCUCCUCAUUGAUGUUUAUCAUUGCGAUCCUUUAGAAGGUGAUGAUGAUGGCGUUAUUAGUUUACACAUGGCCUCAUAUAAAGGCCAUCUCAAUAUUGUGCAGUAUCUAAUAAAUGAAUGUCACGUUGAUUCAGACAUAGCAGAUAGCUCUGGUAACACGGGAUUGCUUUACUCAGCACUGGGUGGUCAUGUCAACCUCGUGAUUAUGUUUAUAAAAAAGAAGUGUAAUGCAUCUCAGGUCAAUAAAGAAGGAUCAACUUUAUCAUUAUUAGCAUGUAAGAGUGGACAGGUAGCAUUAGUUGAUCAGCUUAAGCAGUUUGGUAUUUUCUCGGAAGAUGACAUAGAUUUUAACAGAUGUGGAAUAAUACAUUAUUGUGCUAUGAGUGAUAGUGUAGAGCUUCUAGAGCAUCUUUAUGAUAAUUAUAAAAGUGAAUUAUUUCAAAAAAGAGAUCGUUUUGGUGCAACACCACUUCAUAUAGCAUGCCAGUAUGCUUCAUCAGGUUUCAUUAUGAAAAUGGUUCAUAUUUUUGGGUUUAAAGUAUUACUAGAAGCUGAUUAUAGUGGUCGCUCUUCUCUUCAUUACUUAUGCAGUGGGUUGGUUGUUAAAUACUGCAUUACAGAAGUGUAUAAUAAACUCACUGCACCUUGUGAUAUAGCUUUACUUAGGCAAUUUCCUACAUUUGAUGUGCUGGCCAAGAGUUUCUGGCAUAAAUAUAUAUCAAUAAAUAUAAAUGUUACUAAACAGCAUAAAAGAUAUAGCUUGAAUGCCAGUCAACCAGACUACAAAGGUGUAGUACCAUUAGCAUUAGCUUCCUGUAAUGAGGGUAGAACACCUCUUCAUUAUUCAUGUUGUCAUGGUAAUGUUGAUCUCAGUCAAUAUCUCAUCGAAGUACAAGACAGUGACAUUAACAUAGCAGAUAUAAAUGAAUGGAAUGCAUUGACUCAUAGUGCUAUGAGUGGUAACAGGAAACUAGUCCAAUACCUCAUUAAUAAUCAUCAAUUGCUUCUCACAUCAUUUGCAUUACUUCAAGCAGUACGUAGUACUAAACUAUCAUUAACAAAAUUAUUAGUUAAUGAAUAUAAACUAGAUCCUCAAGUUAAAGAUGUUGAUGGUUUGCAAGCAGUUCAUAUUGCAGCUGAAGUUGGUGCUAUUGAUGUCUUAGAGUAUUUAGUAAAAGAUUGUAGAUGUGAUUUGGAUAGAGUAGGUGGAACAGACAACAGUAAUGUUUUUCAUUUUUCUACAUGGAAUGGUCAAUUUUCAUUUAUUAAAUUUUUUAUCAAAAAUUAUCCAAAAUAUACUAAUCUAUUACAUUCUACUGAUGAUAAAGAUGCUCUACCAGUUCAUUAUGCCUGUGCUAGUGGUGUAAUACAACUAGUGACAUUUUUGAUUGAUGUAAUGAAAUGUGAUGUCACUACUGAAGAUAAGAAUGGCUUCACUUGUGUAACUAUAGCAUGUACCUCUGGUAAUCUUGAUCUUUUAAAAUUAUUAAUAAAACAAUACAACCUUAAUCCUAGAGUAUUCAGCAGAGAAUCAUCACUAGAUAUUGCAGUGCUGCAUGGCCAUGUUUAUAUACUAGAAUGGCUCAGACAAGAGUAUCAUAUCAAUGUAGUCUCAUUUAAGAAUAAUGUUUUACCUUUUUGGGCUGCACAGUAUAACAGUAUGUAUUGUUUAAAGCAUUUAUUAAACAAUUAUUCUUUUGAUAUUAAUGCCACUGAUCCUACUGAUGAUACUCAAUCUACACUCCUUCACAUAGCAUGUCAGGAAGGACAUGUUGCUAUAGUUUUCUACCUCACUAGUCUUCCUCAGUUGGAGGAGCAUCAGUUGGAUCUCACUAUUAAAGAUUACAAUGGAAUGGCUCCAGUUCAUGUAGCCUGUGAAAAAGGAUCAUUGAGUAUAGUCAAGUACAUUAUAGACCAUUCACCAUUAUCUCUUGAUAUGACUGACUCUUUUGGGCGUACUCCACUACUUAUUGCAGCCUUCUUUAAGAAAUUUCCCAUCAUUCGUUACCUAAACAGUAAAAACUGUAACAUUUCUAUACUUGACAAUAAAGGGUUUAACGUAAUACACAUAUCAGCAAAGGGAGGGUCUUUGGAUAUAUUGAGGUUUUUCGUUGAUGGUCGUUACUGUAAUCCUGAUAUCACUGAUGCUUCUGGUUGUACUCCACUUUAUCUCUCAGCUCAAGAGGGUCACUUGGAAAUAGUAGAAUAUCUAUUGGAUAGUCCAAGCUACAAUAAACCACGUGUAGAAUUGGUAGACAUGCCAGAUAGCAAUGGUAACACAGCACUUCAUGCAGUAUGCAGCCAGGGUCAUCCUGAUAUAGUGUCUACUAUAGCAGGAGCUUACAAUUCUCUUAAUAUUGACAUUUAUUCAAUUAAUGAGAAGAGACAGACUCCAUUACACUUAGCAGCAGCUAAUGGUCACGUUAAUACAGCCGUAUCUCUCUUAUCAGCCACUACUGGUACUAAAAAUUAUGAGAAGCUCCUUGGAGCAGUCGAUAUUGAUGGUUGUUCUUCUCUUCAUUUAGCUUGUCAAAAUGGUCAUUAUAGGAUGACACUGUAUCUCUCUGAAGUGUAUCCAGCUAAUGUUUAUAGUGUCAAUAAUAAUGAGGAAGGAUUGCUUCAUGGAGCUGCUGAGAGUGGUAAUAAGGAUCUAAUUGAAUUCCUAGUCGAAUCACACAAUCUUGAUCCAGAGUCACAGGAUAAAGAUGGAGUGACAUGUCUACACAUAAUAGCAAAGCAAGGAGAUAAAGAGAUAUACCAGUAUCUUGUACCUCGUGUUAGGAAUAAUCCAACUCCUAAGGAUAACGCUGGUCGCUCUCCACUUCAUUACGCUGGCAGACAUUAUGAGAUGUCAGUGUAUCUCAUUAAAUCUUUUAAUAUUCAUCCUGAAGACAAAGACAGUAAUGGAUUCAAUGGCCUUCAUGCUGCCUGUCAAGCUGGUAACAUGCGACUGGUAUUACAUUACUUGAAUAAGCUAAACUGCAAUCGUUAUUUAGAAACAUGCGACUCUAGAGGUCUCUUGUAUUUUGCGUGUUUGAGCGGUCACUUGGAAAUGGUUCGUAUUUUAAUGGAAAAGUAUCAGUUGAAACCAGUUGAAGGAGACAUUGAUGCAGCCCGGUCAAUCAAAGGAGGAGAGUCUAUAGUUAAAUUGAUGCUGAGACACUUUUACUUUACAAAAUUAGUAAGAGAAAUGAUUAAAGAGGCAGAAAGAAGACAAAUAUCGCCAAUAGCUGCUAAACCUCGUCCUUCAUUUUUAUCUUCUUAA